AUGCCUUCGUUCUGGCUCAGCGAUUCUCAAAAGGUCGGAGUGGCCUUCUGCUCAGGGGGCGGCUUCUUCCUUCUGGCGGGUGUGAUGAUGUUCUUCGAUAGGGCAUUGCUAGCAAUGGGCAACAUCCUUUUCAUCUGCGGCCUUACCCUCAUCAUUGGCCUUCAGAAGACGCUCCUCUUCUUCGCACGCCGCCAGAAGAUCGCCGGCACCGCCGCAUUCGUCACCGGUAUCCUGCUCAUUCUCUUCCGCUGGCCGCUGAUCGGCUUCUGCGUCGAGCUGUACGGCAUCUUUGUUCUCUUCGGCGACUUCUUCGCGACCAUCGCCGGCUUCGUGAGACCGAUUCCAUACGUGGGUCCGUACGCGGCGAAUUUUUUGGAAAGAAUCUCGGGAGGAACUAGGAAUUCGGAGCUGCCGGUUUAA